GUAGUGGCCCUGCUUCGGUUGCUCGGCUCCCGGGCGAACAUGGCGGCCUCCGAAUCAGUGCCGGCUGUGAAUCCGGCCACCGCGGAGAGCGAGGAGGAGACGAUUCUCUAUGACCUGUUGAUCAACACCGAGUGGCCCUCGGAGACAGAAGUACAGUCUAGAGGCAACCGAAAACAUGGUGCAUCCUUUAUCGUCACAAAAGUGAUUAGAGAUCGUUUAUUAUUUUUACGCCAAUACAUCUGGUACAGCCCUGUGCCUUUUUUGCUCCCUGAUGGACUGGUUCGCUUGGUUAAUAAACAGAUAAACUGGCAUUUGGUACUUGCAAGCAAUGGAAAACUUUUGGCUGCUGUUCAAGAUCAGUGUGUGGAGAUCAGGUCUGCAAAAGAUGAUUUUACAUCUAUUAUUGGGAAAUGUCAAGUUCCAAAAGACCCGAAACCCCAGUGGAGACGUGUAGCAUGGAGUUAUGAUUGUACCCUGCUGGCCUAUGCUGAAAGUACAGGAACCGUGAGGGUGUUUGAUCUCAUGGGAAGUGAACUCUUUGUUAUUACCCCGGCAUCCAGUUUAGCCGGUGAUUUGAGCUAUGCCAUUGCUGGGUUGAUAUUUUUAGAAUAUAAAGCCAGCGCACAGUGGUCUGCAGAACUCCUGGUCAUCAAUUACCGAGGAGAACUGAAAAGUUACCUUGUAAGUGUUGGAACAAAUCAGAGCUAUCAAGAGAGUCACUGUUUCAGCUUCAGUAGUCGUUAUCCUCAUGGAAUCAGCACAGCUAUUUACCAUCCUGGUCACAGACUUUUGCUGGUUGGUGGAUGUGAAACUGCUGAGGUGGGCAUAUCAAAAGCUUCUCGCUAUGGCCUGUCUGCCUGGAGAGUUCUUUCGGGAUCGCCUUAUUAUAAGCAGGUUACUAAUGGUGGAGACCGGGUCACUGCAGUACCAAAGACAUUGGGAUUAUUAAGGAUGUUAAGUGUCAAGUUUUAUAGUCGCCCGGGACAACAACAGGAUGGCAUCUUUAAGAUGAGCCUUUCUCCAGAUGGGACCCUCCUUGCUGCCAUUCACUUCUCAGGGAAACUAAGCAUCUGGGCCAUUCCAUCUCUGAAGCAGCAAGGGGAAUGGAAUCAAAAUGAGCAGCCAGGCUAUGACGAACUUAAUCCUGAUUGGAGACUCUCUAUUGAGAAGAGAAAAAAAAUCAAAGAUAAAGAGUCCUUUUACCCAUUGAUAGAUGUAAAUUGGUGGGCAGCCAACGCCGUGACUCUGGCUCGUUGCUCGGGUGCUUUGACUGUUUCAUCAGUGAAAACUUUGAAGAAUUUACUGGGAAAAUCCUGUGAGUGGUUCGAACCGUCACCUCAAGUCACUGCUACCCAUGAUGGAGGAUUUUUAAGUUUGGAGUGUGAGAUUAAACUUACCCCCAAACGAUCUCGUUUGGAGACUCGGGGUGGAGAUGAAGAAGAAGGGGAAGAGGAUUCUGAUUCUGAUCAGGAGGUGUCUGCCAAGGCUCGCUACUUUGGCUACAUAAAACAGGGCCUAUAUCUGGUGACGGAAAUGGAGCGAUUCGCACCCCCACGGAAACGCCCGCGAGCCAUUACUAAAAACUACCGCCUCGUGAGUUUGCGCUCCACGACUCCGGAGGAGCUUUAUCAGAGAAAGAUUGAAAGUGAAGAGUAUGAGGAAGCCUUGUCUCUAGCUCAGACCUACGGCCUGGAUACGGAUCUAGUGUAUCAGCGGCAGUGGAGGAAGUCCGCCGUCAACAUUGCUUCAAUCCAGAAUUACUUGAGCAAAAUAAAGAAACGAUCCUGGGUUCUUCAUGAGUGUUUGGAAAGAGUUCCCGAAAAUGUGGAUGCUGCGAAGGAACUGCUUCAGUAUGGAUUGAAAGGCACAGACCUGGAGACUCUGGUAGCAAUAGGGAAAGGAACGCACGAUGGCAGAUUCACAUUACCUGGUGAAGUCGACAUUGACAGUAUCCCCUAUGAGGAGCUUUCACCACCCGAUGAAGAGCCUGCCGAGAAUAAAAAGGAGAAGAAGAUCAAGAAGAGACGGGAACUACUUAAAUUAGUGAACUUUGCAAAGUUAACACUGGAACAAAAGGAACUUUGCCGUUGUAGACUGAAAUUAUUAACCUACUUAGAUCGGCUUGCAACAUACGAGGAAAUCCUAGGAGUGCCUCAUGCAUCUGAACAGAGAUACGAUGCUGAAUUCUUUAAGAAGUUCAGAAAUCAGAAUAUUGUUCUCUCAGCAAGAACUUAUGCUCGGGAAAGUAACGUACAAGCCCUAGAAAUACUGCUCACUUAUCAUGGAUCAGAUCUGCUUCCUCAUCGUCUUGCAAUUCUCUCCAACUUCCCAGAGACCACUUCUCCACAUGAAUAUUCUGUUUUGCUGCCUGAAGCUUGGUAUCAUUCCAGUCCGUUACCAAUUGUUCCUUUUGUGCUUUGCAGAGCGGUGGUCGAGCCGAGUCUCCAAGAUGAAAGCGAGUUCUUAUACGCCGCCCAGCCCGUGUUACUGAGGUACAGGACAUCGGAGCUUACAGUAGAGAAGGUUAUGGACUGGUAUCAGACCAGAGCACAGGAAAUAGAGCAUUAUGCCCGACAGGUCGACUGCGCGUUGUCACUCAUUCGACUUGGAAUGGAGCGGAACAUUCCCGGUUUGCUGGCUCUUUGUGAUAAUUUGGUUACUCUGGAAGCUUUGGUUUAUGAAGCCGGGUGUGAUUUAACCCUAACCUUGAAAGAACUCCAGCAGAUGAAAGACAUUGAAAAACUAAGACUACUGAUGAAUAGUUGUUCUGAGGACAAAUAUGUGACAAGUGCCUACCAGUGGAUGGUUCCCUUUCUUCAUCGUUGUGAGAAACAGUCUCCUGGUGUGGCUAAUGAGCUAUUAAAGGAAUAUUUAGUAACGUUAGCUAAAGGGGACUUAAAAUUUCCCCUGAAGAUAUUUCAGCAUUCCAAACCAGAUCUGCAGCAAAAAAUUAUUCCUGAUCAGGACCACCUGAUGGCAGUAGCUCUGGGGUGCAUCUACAACUGUGAACGAAAUGACCAGCUGUCUCUUUGCUAUGACAUUUUAGAAUGUCUUCCACAAAGAGGAUACAGUCAUAAAACAGAGGUAACAAAUGCUCUUCAUGACAUGGUAGACCAACUGGAACAAAUUCUCAGUGUGUCGGAACUCUUGGAGAAACAUGGACUUGAGAAACCAGUUUCGUUUGUUAAGAACACUCAGUCUAGCUCAGAAGAGGCACGCAAGCUGAUGGUUAGGUUGACCAGGCACACUGGUCGGAAGGAGCCUCCUGUCAGUGAGUCUCAUUGGAGAAUGUUGCUGCAAGACAUGUUAACUAUGCAGCAGAAUGUUUACACCUGUCUGGAUUCUGAUGCUUGCUAUGAGAUAUUUACAGAAAGCCUUUUGUGUUCCAGUCGCCUUGAAAAUAUCCACUUAGCUGGGCAGAUGAUGCACUGCAGCGCCUGUUCAAUAAACCCACCAGCUAGUGUAGCCCAUAAAGGGAAAACCCAGUACAGGGUCAGUUAUGAAAGAAGUAUUGACUUGGUUUUGGCUGCCAGCAGAGAGUACUUUAAUUCAUCUACCAACCUCACUGAUAGCUGCAUGGAUCUGGCCAGGUGGAGUGAAGACCCAGAAGAAAGGCGUGGACAGGUUCUGAUCCUUCUAGUAGAGCAAGCACUUCGUUUCCAUGACUACAAAGCAGCCAGUGUGCAUUGUCAGGAGCUGAUGGCCACAGGUUAUUCUAAGAGUUGGGAUGUUUGUAGCCAGUUAGGACAAUCAGAAAGUUACCAGGACUUGGCCACUCGUCAGGAGCUCAUGGCUUUUGCUUUGACACACUGCCCUCCUAGCAGCAUUGAACUACUUUUGGCAGCUAGCAGCUCACUGCAGACAGAAAUUCUUUAUCAAAAAGUGAAUUUCCAGAUCCACCCAGAAGGAGGGGAGAGUAUCAGUGUCUCACCAUUAAUUAGUAAAGUGCAACAAGAGGGCGAAGUCGGUGUUCCUGGCAGCAACUCCGACCUCUUCGGCUGGAGCACCGCUGCGACCAGGAAGGUCCUGUCCAGCACCACGACCACCACCAAGGCCGUGCUGCAGGCGGUCAGUGACGGGCAGUGGUGGAAGAAGUCCUUAACUUACCUCCGACCGCUUCACGGGCAAGAAUUCGGUGGUGCUUAUCAAAUUGGAACCAUAGCCAAUGAAGGUCUAGAAAAACAAGGCUGUCAUCCUUUUUAUGAAUCUGUCCUCUCCGAUCCCUUUGUCACAGAGUCUGCAGUGACCUAUGACCCCCACCAGCAUGUUCCAGUGGAAAGCUUUGCAGAGGUAUUGCUAAGAACUGGGAAGCUGGCCGAGACCAAAACUGAAGGGGAAGAGGUAUUUCCAACAACAGAAGUUCUCUUGCGGCUGGCAAGCGAUGCUUUACCAAAUGACAUGACCUUGGCUCUUGCUUAUCUCCUUGCCUUACCACAGGUGUUAGAUGCUAACAGGUGCUUUGAAAAGCAGGCCCACUCUGCUUUAUCUCUCCAGCUAGCAGCCUAUUACUACAGCCUCCAGAUCUAUGCCCGCUUGGCUCCAUGUUUCAGGGACAAGUGCCAUCCUCUUUACAGGGCUGACCCCAAAGGGCUAAUCAAGAUGGUCACCAGGCAUGUGACUCGAUACGGACAUGAAGCCUGGCCAGAGGACCUGGUCUCACUGACCAAGCAGUUGCACUACUACAACGAACGUCUCUUGGAUUUCACUCAGGCUCAGAUCCUUCAGGGCCUUCGGAAGGGUGUGGAUGUGCAGCGUUUUACUGCCGACGACCAGUACAAAAGGGAAACUAUCCUUGGUUUAGCAGAAACACUCGAGGAGAACGUCUACAGCGUCGCUCUUUCUCUGGCGCAGCGUUACAGUGUCUCCCGUUGGGAGGUUCUUAUGACCCAUUUGGAGUUCCUGUUCACCGACAGCGGUUUGUCCACAGUAGAAAUUGAAAAUCGAGCCCAAGUCCUUCAUCUCUUUGAGACUUUGAGGACUGAUCCAGAAGCCUUUCACAAGCACAUGGUCAAGUAUAUUUACCCCACGAUUGGUGGCUUUGAUCACGAAAGGUUGCUGUAUUAUUUCUCUCUCCUGGAAAGCUGCGGCUGUGCGGAUUUGGGGAAAUAUGCCAUUAAACCAGAAACCCACAUUCGGCUGCUGAAGAAAUUUAAGGUAGUUGCUUCAGGUCUUAAUUACAAAAAGCUGACAGAUGAAAACAUGAAUCCUCUGGAAGCACUGGAGCCUGUUCUUUCAAGUCAAAAUAUCUUAUCUAUUUCCAAACUUGUUCCCAAAAUCCCUGCAAAGGAUGGGCGGAUGCUUUCCUCGAGCUCUCUGUACACCAUCUGGUUACAGAAGUUGUUCUGGACCGGAGACCCUCACCUCAUUAAACACGUCCCAGAGUCCUCCCCAGAGUGGCUCCACGCCUAUGAAGUCUGCAUGAAGUACUUUGAUCGCCUCCCCCCGGGCGACCUCAUCACUGUGGUGGAUGCAAUUACGUUUUCUGCAAAAGCUGUGACCAAGCUGUCUGUGGAAGCACGUAAAGAGAUGACUAAGAAGGCUAUUCAGACAGUCAAACAUUUUACUGAGAAGCUGCGGAAAAGAAAUUUGGAAGAGGACAUUCAAGAAGCUAGUGACUCUAAAAUGACCUAUGCAGAUGCCCUGAAUCAUCUGGAGAAAUCACUUGCUCACCUGGAAACCCUCAACCACAGCUUCCUUGUUUCUCUGAAGAAUAGUGAGCAGGAAACACUGCGGAAGUACGGUGACCUCUAUGAUCUGUCCCGAUCAGAGAAAGGGAAACUUCAUGACCAAGCUGUGGCCAUGUGUCUGGACGGUCUGCCUCUAAGAAUGAUUCAGCAGCUGCUGCAGGUGGCCGUGGGCCCUCUCGACAUCUCGCCCAAGGAUGUGGUGCAGGAUGCAGUAAGGAAGAUCCUUUCUGCAUUGAGUGGGGGCAGUGCUGACCUCGGUGGGUCGGGGGACCCCCUCCAGGUCCUGGAAGGUGUUGUUGCAGCUGUCCAUGCCAGCGUGGACAAGGGAGAAGACCUGGUUUCCGCUGAGGACCUGCUGGAGUGGCUGCGGCCCUUCUGUGCUGAUGACACCCAACCCGUGAGACCCCGCAUUCAGGUGCUGCAGAUUUGGGGACAGUCCUUUAACCUGACGGAGGAGGAUGGCAAGCUCCUUGUGUUCUUUAGAACGGAAGCCAUUCUCAAAGCCACUUGGCCCCAGAGACAGGUAGACAUAGCUGACAUUGAGAACGAAGAGAACCGCCACGCUCUCUUCACGGAACUCUUGGAAUCCAGUCGCCAGGAGGUGGAAUUUCAGCACUUGGUUCUGCUCUUGCAAGCUUGGCCACCUAUGAGACAUGACUCUGUAACCAGCAUAACCAGCAAUCCGUGGGUGCGACUGGUGACUGUGAUGCUGAGCAGGUGUACAGUGGAGAACAAGGAAGAACUGGGGAAUGAGGUCUUGAAAAUCUGCCGCUCCUUAUAUAAUACCAAGCAGAUGCUCCCUGCAGAGGGCGUGAAGGAGCUGUGCUCACUGCUGCUCAACCAGUCCCUGCUGCUCCCGGCCCUGAAACUUCUCCUCGAGAGCCAGGAUGAGAGCCUUCACGCUGUGGCCCUGGAGCACAUCAUGGCUGUUGUCAAGGUGAAUGACUCAAACUGUGACCAAGAGCUUCUGUCCCUGCUCCUGGAUGCCAGGCUGCUGGUGAAGUGCAUCUCCACUCCCUUCUACCCACAUAUCAUUGAGCACCUCUUGGCCAGCCCGCGGCAAGGGCCCCGGGAUGCCGAGGGGCUGGCCAGACACCUGCGGGAGGCCGGCCAUGAAGCCGAAGCGGGGUCGCUCCUUCUGGCCGUGAGGGGGACGCACCGGGCCUUGCGAACCUUCAGCGCGGCGCUGAGCGCAGGGCAGCACUGGGUGUGAGCCCGGCCCGGCCCUGCGUGGCCACGGUUCCUCGGCCACCCGGUGGGAAGGAGCCCCGGAGCCAAAUGUUGUUCCACCGGCAUCAUGCAUACCUGUCGACUGUUCUCAGUGGUUGCAACAAACUGCGAAUAAAGCUGUACAUAAGUGACGAGCCUCA